GGACCCUAUAAAACCAUGUCAUCCCUCUCCCCACUAUCUCUCUCUUCCUCCCCACCGCCCCGCGCCCCGCCAACCCCCGCCCCCGCCCCCAGGACACGUAGUCUCCGUAGCAUCUUCAUGGAAGACGUGGGGAUGCACCUUAUCUCAGCAUCCGCCUUCCUUUUCCUUCUCUUCUUGUUCAAAUUGCAGAGAAGCAACAAGAGGAAUCUCCCACCGAGCCCGCCUUCACUCCCUAUCAUCGGCCACCUCCUCCUUAUUAAAGAGCCAGUCCACCGGACCCUUCAGUCUCUCUCCGACCGCUACGGCCCGGUCCUCUCCCUCUCCUUUGGCUCCCGCUCCGUGGUUGUCAUAUCCUCCCCAUCCGCGGCCGAGGAGUGCUUUACCAGAAAUGACAUCAUCCUCGCCAACCGCCCCCGCCUGCUCUUUGCUGAGAUUAUGUUCUAUGGUGGCACGACCAUCGGCACUGCCCCUUACGGGCCCCACUGGCGCAACCUCCGCCGCCUCACGGCACUCAAAUUUCUUUCCCCCCACCGCCUUGCCUGCUCCCUCACCAUCCGGCUGGAGGAAGUAAGGCUCCUCGUGAAGAGCCUCUAUGAGGUAGCCACGGCAGCGGUAGGGGGUGGCGGAUUCGCGAGGGUGGAAAUGAGGUCGAGGCUGGAGGAGAUGUCCUUCAACAUCAUCAUGAGGAUGAUCUCUGGGAAGCGCUGCUUUGGGGCUACCGUCGGUGCGGGUGACACCAAGGUGGCCAGGCAGUUCGUGGAGUUGAUGAAGGAGACAUUCGAGCUGAGCGGGAUGGAGCCCGGUGAUUUCUUGCGGGUGCUGAGGAGGGUAGUGGACUUCAAGGGGAGAGAACGGAGGAUGGUGGACGUGGCUAAGAGGUCCGAUGUGAUCUUGCAGGGCAUGAUAGAUGAGCUCCGGUCAAGAAGGAAGAGAAGCGACAGCGGUCGAGAGGUGGAGAGCGAGACGAUGAUCGAUUCCAUGCUGUUGGAGGGCUACUCGGACGACAUCAUCAAAGGCCAAAUCUUGUCAAUACUAAGUGCAGGCACGGACACAUCCACAGUGACAAUAGAAUGGGCCAUGUCUCUCCUACUCAACCAUCCAGACGUCAUGAAAAAAGCUCAAGCAAAAUUAGACGACAUUGUUGGCCGAGACCGUCUAGCUAAUGAAGCAGACAUCCAGAAGCUACCUUGCCUUCAAAACAUCAUCAAUGAGGUGCUUCGAUUGUUUCCGCCGGCACCACUCCUAGUGCCUCAUGAGUCUGCUGAGGAUUGCAUGGUCGGAGGGUUCAACGUGCCCCGAGGCACCAUGAUCCUAGUAAAUGCAUGGGCAAUUCAGAGAGACCCAAAAGUGUGGGAUGAUCCCACAAGUUUUAUACCAAAGAGGUACCAGGGAUUGGAAGAGGAUCAUGCUUACCGGUUGUUGCCUUUUGGGAUGGGGAGGAGGAGUUGUCCCGGUGCUGGCCUUGCCAAUAGAGUGGUGAGUUUGGCUCUAGCUGCACUUAUUCAAUGCUUCGAGUGGGAACGAAUCGGUGAAGAGCCGGUGGACUUGUCCGAAGGGAUGGGAAUCACAAUGCCGAAGAGAGAGCCACUGGAGGCUUUGUGCAAAGUGCGUGAAUGCAUGAUUGCUAAUGUUCUCACACGGCUUUGAGAAGGUCAUUCUCCAGCGAAUUUAUUUGGUGAUGUUCAACCUCCAUAAUACUUAUGAACUAAUAUGCAAUAAUAAAGUAAAUUGGUAUGAAUGGAAUGAGGUGGAAAUGAAUGGAGGGAAAAAGACCUCAAAGUAAGAGUGGAAUGGAAUAAGAAUUCUAGUUCUUAUGUCUAGUGAUAAUGUAUUGAUGAAAUGCCCAUUCAUAUGGACUUUCAUUAGGCCUUUGAAAGGUAUCAGAAUACCAUGGACUAUUUUUAUUGUAAGAUGAUAUGUAUGUUUGAAGAAAAGACCUGCGAUUAACUAGAGUUGCUACGUGACUGUCA